UGCGUACAUUGGAAUCAUAUGAUGAUCAAGCAAUCAAGUUCAAAUUGUAUUAAUUUUCACUAUAUCGCUGCUGCAUGUUGAACAGAAGAGUUAUGCAAUACUGCGGAAUUAUAAGUAGAAAUAACAGUCUUUUAAGUAGAUCUCAUAGCUCCAUACAAAGCGACAACAUGGCAAUACCGGUGCAGUCUGGGAGAUACAAGGGUUCUGACUCGGUUCUGGAUUACUGCUGUUCUCCAUGCGAAGAGAUAGACAAGAACUCACUUCACGAGGCAGACGUUUAUUGCAAAAACUGUGUGAAGUUUUUCUGCGGGGACUGUAGUAAACCCCAUGCUCAACUCUACAAGUCACACAACACCUUUGAGCGAGAGGAUAUUAGUAACUGGCCAGUUCCAAAGGCAAAGGCAGACCUUCUACAAAAGUGCCAUGUACACAAGAACAAGAAGUUAAAGCACUUCUGCAGUGGCCACAACGAACUGUGCUGUAGUGCAUGCGUUCUGCAAAAUCACCGGCAAUGUAAGGAUGUUGCAUUAAUAUCCACAUUAGCUAAAGAGAACAAAGAUGGAGACAUUCAACCACUCUUAUUAAACUUAACAGCAACUCUAAAGCAUCUAAAUAAUCUGCAAAAUGCUGGAGAGUCCAACAUCAAAUUCAUAGACAUUCUAUACGAGAUAAGCUUACAAGAAAUAUGUAACUUGCGACAGAUAAUUAAUGCAGUAUUAGAUAAGCUAGAACAGAACUCAAAGAGGGAACUUGAAGAAAUGAGGAAAAAAAUAACAGCCAACCUCACAGAUGAUGUAGAGACCUUCACCAGACUUCAGGAUGACUUACAAAGGUUCUGUGAAGCAGUACAGGACACUGCGAAAAAGGGUAAGGAAGAACUACGAUUUAUAGCCGGUAAGAAGUGCCUUGAAAAGUUACAGCAGUAUGAUGCCUAUCUGAUGCAGCAUUCUGUUACGUUUGAAAGUACAAUCACAUUUCAUCGCUUUAUUGAAAUAGAAAAGUACUUGUCCACACUGCCAGGUCUAGGUACGAUUGUACAAGGUAGCACUGAGAAACCCACAAUGCUGAUACAGCAAGAUCAGGUCAUCUCUGUGAAAGGGAAGCACGAGUAUAAUGCGAGACUAGAAACUGACUCGCAUGAAAGAUCUAGCAUUACAGCCGUCUGUUGUCUGCCAAGUGGACAGGUGCUUCUUUCCGAUCGGGACAGUCAGAGAUUGAAACUUCUGGACAAAAGCUACAACAUAGUGGGCCACUUUGACCUGUCAGUAUCUCCAGGGGAUAUAUGUUUGGUUACUCCAGAGCAGGUGGUGGUAACAGUACAUGAUGGCCAUACACAAAUGAUACAGUUUAUCUCUGUGACCAACAGGCAGAUGGUGAAGGGUACCAAGAUUCCAUUGCAGCAAAGGUGUACUGGUAUUGCCCACCACCAAGGGGACCUGUAUGUCGCUGCGGAAACAGCACUGUACCAAUACACUCUUACUGGGAAAUUAGUGAAGAAAAUCUACGAAGAUAUCUCAGUAUGGAAAUGUGCUGUGAGUCCAAAUGGAGACAGAAUUUAUGUUACUAAAAAAGGCCAGGGCAAGAUCCUCACGCUGGCCAAAGAUGGAACAGUCCUCUCCACCUUCAGUAGCCCUGAACUUCAAGAGCCAUGUGUCUAUGUCGCAAAUGCUGGGCAGGUGCUGUUAUGUGACUUCUACACCCAUUUUAUCAUACAGGUUGACAGAGAGGGUACCAGGAAACUGGCCACUCAUGCUUCACAAGCCGACGGAAUGAAGCACCCAGUGUCUGUCUGCUUUAACAGGAACACUGACUCUGUCAUUGUUGGACAAUACAAAAAUACUAUCGUGGUUUUUAAAGUUAAAUGAACUGCAGCAGUCAUGGGAAUAUCAUAUUUGCCCACAAAGCACAACAUUUUUGUUCUGUUUGAUGAAAGAAAGAAAAUAAGCCUUCAUCUGGGAAAAAUGGGGCUCAAUGGCACGAGUCAUCCCAAAUUAGCCUGUGCAGUCUGCAUAGGCUAAUCAGGGACAACGAUUUUUUCUUUUACUAUAUUUUUUGGUUUAAAGGAAGUCUCUUCUUAGCCAAAAUACAGAAAGUAUUGUCCUUGAUUAGCCUGUAGGGACUGCACAGGCUCAUCUGGGAUGACACUUUACACUCAUGAAUUAAGCCCAGUUUCAACAGACUGAGGCUCAUAUGAAUCAAAGAACAUGAGCAAAUCAGCUGUAUUUCAAACUUACUGGUGCAGGACUUAGGGGCUAAUCUGCUGUAUUCAAAACUUACUGGUGCACGAUUUAGGGGCUUUUGCUGCAUUCAAAACUUACUGGUGCAGGAUCUAGGGACUUCUGCUGAAAUAAAAACUUACUG